AUGAAGCUCUAUUUUCUUGCCUUUGAGGAGCUGACUGCAGUGGGUUCGAGUGAAAUUCUGUGCAGCAUGUUUUCUAGGUGGAACUGGGUGGCCUGUGGCUUCUGUCUGCUGUUGAAUAUUUGUUCUCCUGAUGCUUCAGGCGGACUUGUGCAGUCAUGUGGUCACAUCAUUCCAGAGUCACCUGUACUGGCCCUUGGUUCCAAUUUCACAGCCUUAUGCAUCCUGAAUGAGAGUUGUCUUGACUUUGGCAAUAUCUAUGCCAGUCAGAUUAUCUGGAAGAUCAAAAAUAGAGUGGUACCUAAAGAACAGUAUCGUGAAAUAAACAGAACAGUUUCCAGUGUCACAUUCAAUGACACUUCUUCACUGGCUACUCCUCUGACAUGCAACAUUUUAGCAGAUGGACAGAUUGAACAGAACAUUUAUGGAAUUACAGUUUCAGUGGGCUUGGCCCCAGAGAAGCCCAAGAACUUAAGUUGCAUUGUGCAUCAGGUGUCAAGAUUCACAUAUGUUAUGACUUGUACCUGGAACCCUGGAAGGCACACAUUCCUGGAUACUCAGUUCAGGUUGAGAUACAGCUGGCCAGAAGAGAUUUUUCCUGACUGUGUACCAAAGGAUGUAAACAAUUCUUGCACCAUUACUGAUAUUCAGUUCUUUGUUAACACUGAGAUCUGGGUAGAAGCAACAAAUGCACUUGGGAAGGCUGAAUCUGAUCCUCUUGUUGUUGAUCCUAUUGAUAUUGUUAAACCACUGUCUCCACAGAAUGUAUCAGUCAGCUCAGGAGUACUGCCUACUGUUCUGAAGCUUUCCUGGGAGAAUUGGAUUUCAGAUGCUGUGAUGACACUGAAAUUCAAUAUUCGCUACAGGAUUGUUGGUGACACAAACUGGUUGGAGGUUCCUUCUGAAGAUACAGCUUCCCCAAGAACUUCAUUCAGUGUUCAAGGUCUCAGACCUUAUACGGAGUAUGUCUUUUCCAUUCGUUGCAUGAAGGAAGAUGGAGUGGGCUACUGGAGUGACUGGAGUGAAGAAAAGACUGGGAUUACCACUGAAGAUAAACCAUCUAAAGGACCACCCAUAUGGAGGAUCAUUGAUAAAUCUCACUCACCAGCUUCCUGGACUGUGCAUCUAAUAUGGAAGGCACUGAAGCCAUUUGAAGCCAAUGGGGUAAUCUUGCAAUAUGAAGUGACUGUCAGAGAUAAAUCAUCUCUUUCCAAUCCAGUGAAGAAAUACAAUGUUACCAGCACCAAUCAGACCUUACAGCUGCCCGAAGGGACUUAUGAAGUGACUCUGAUUGCCCGUAACAGUGCUGGGGCCUCUCCUCCAUCAGUUCUGCUUAUCCCAGCAACCAAUUCAAAAGCUCCUGUGAAGAAUCUUAGAACAUUACCUAAACAUGACAAGUUGUGGGUAGGGUGGACUGCUCCUAACAGCUAUGUUCUUAAAUAUGUGAUUGAAUGGUGUCUGGUGUCCAGCAGCUCAGACUGCAUCAUAGAAUGGCAGAUUGCACUAGGAGAUGUUCAAGGUGUCGAAUUAAAAGGUAUAAAGCCUUUCAAGUGUUACUUGAUAACUGUGUACCCUCUGUAUGCUGAUGGUCAAGGAAGUGGACAGUCUGUGAAGGCUUAUCUUAAGCAAGAUCGUCCUUCAAAAGGACCUACUGUUCAGACAAAAAAAGUAGGAAAAGCUGAAGCUGUUUUGACGUGGAACCACCUCACAGUUGAGGAGCAAAAUGGAUUUAUCCGGAAUUACACCAUCCUUUAUAAAACUAUUGAUGGAAAUGAAACAGUUGUGACAGUGGAUCCUUCCAAAACAGAGUACACCCUUUCCUCUCUAACCAGUGACACACUGUAUACUGUGCGGAUGAUGGCAUCCACAGAUAAUGGGAGCAGAACCGGUCCCGAUUUCACGUUUACUACACAAAAAUUUGGAAAAGGAGAAAUUGAAGCCAUAGUUGUACCUGUGUGUCUAGCAUUCCUGUUGAUUGUGCUCCUUGGAGUUCUGUUUUGCUUCAACAAACGUGACCUAAUUAAAAAACAUAUCUGGCCUAUUGUACCUGAUCCAUCCAAGAGCAACAUUGCGCAGUGGUCUCCUCAAGUUCCAGCUAAGCAUAACUUUAAUUCCAAAGAUCAGAUGUACCCAGAAGGCAGCUUUACAGAUGUAAGCGUUGUAGAAAUAGAAGCUGACGACAAGAAGUCUUUUUCAGAGCAAGAUCUAAAACCCUUUGACUUGCUUAAAAAGGAAAAAAGUACUUCAGAAGGGCACAGCAGUGGUAUUGGAGGAUCCUCGUGCAUGUCUUCUCCUAGGCAAAGCGUCUCUGACAGCGAUGAAGGUGAAACAACACAGAACACUUCAAGCACUGUACAGUAUUCGACUGUAGUGCUUAAUGGCUACAGAGACCAGACACCUGUACAAGUCUUUUCAAGGUCUGAGUCAACUCAGCCGCUGCUAGAUUCAGAAGAGAGACCAGAGGAUCAUGCUGGAGGAGCUGACAGUCCAGUACAGAGGCAGCAGUAUUUCAGACAAAAUGGUGGUCAGGAUGAAAUCAACACAGACAGGCCAUGCUUUGAAAGAACAAAGCAGAUUACUCAUGCUAAUGAGGGAGAUCUUGUUGGAUUUGUUCAACUGCAGAUCUCAGGUCAGAGUUCACAGCCAUUGGGCCUUGGGAUGGAAAAAAAUACCCAGGAAGCUGCUCUAUCAAAUGUUUUACAGACAUGUACUGAAGGACAAACUGUGAGACCUGAGACAGUGGAAGAAAGCCCACUGUCAGUUGAUGAAAUGCCAAAAAGUUACCUUCCACAGACUGUGAGACAAGGGGGCUAUAUGCCUCAGUGAGAGAAAAGACUGGCUCUGUUUAGGCCUUCGUUAGUG